AAACAUACACACACACACACACACACGCACACUCACGAAUACAUACACACACACACGCACGCACACAUACACUCAGAGACAGACGUCGACUGCAGAGCUAGCUUGAAGUAGUUGGGGCUGGGAUUUGCUCUAUUUAUAGAUAGAUAUAUCAUUAGACAAUAGACGACUGCUCGACCUUCAAUACAGACUACAAUCGACCCCAAUCGCUUGAGCCAGCCGCAUUGUGCUUUAAUAAGUUUUCCCCGUCUCCGUUUGACUUUCAGUUGACGCCCGAGGAGGAGCUGCGCCAGAAAAUGAUACAGCGCGAAAGAGAUCGUGAACGGAAGCGCAUCAAACGCAUGAAUCCCGAGUAUCGCCGGCUGGAGCAGGAGCGCGAUCGUGAUAGAAAGAAGGCGCGACGCGCCAAUGAGGCGUUCCGACAGCUGGAGAAGCUACGUGAUAAGAUACGCAAGGAGCGCAAGAAGGGUCUCCUGGUGACUGAUCCCACACAACUGCCGCCCGAAUUUGCGGCCAUUAUACCGCCAGUGCCUGUUGAACCUGAGGUGAUCAUAUCGACGCCUCAGGCACAGCAACAACAACAGCAGCAGCAACAGCAGCAGCAGCAGCAGCAGCAGCAACAGCAGCAACAGCAACAGCAGCAUCAGCUGGCAGCAGCUGCUGCAGCGGCGGCGCACCAGCACCAGCAGCAGCAGCAGCAGCGACGCCGCAACAUGUCCCAUGUGCCAAGCGCGACGUCUGGCCUGACGCAGUUGGCGGCGCCAGCUGGCCAUGCCACGCCCACGCAUUUGCAGCAGCUGAACAAGCUGCAGCAGCUGUAUCCGCCGCCCAGCUUUGGGCAUCCCGCCCUGCCCAUUCCCGGCGUAACGCUGAUGCCCCAGCUCUGCCAUCCCAUACUGCACCAGAAUCUGGGCGCCACACUGUACCCAGCGCCACCGAAUGGCAUCAAGCAGGAAUACGGCUGUCAGGAUGUGAGUAGCUUAAGCGCUGCUGCCGCCGCAGCCGCUGCGACGAGCUCUGCCUCGGCAGUGGCUGCCGCCCAGGCGGCGGCGCUUGCCUCGUUGCGCGGCGGCCCUCAGCAGCAGUCGGACGAUCCUGACAUGGCGCUGAAUCUGGAGCCAGAGAUUAUAUUGCAAACGCCACCCGAUGUCAAUCCCGCGCAGCAGCAGCAGCARCAUCACUUCAGUGCACACCAGCAACAGCAGCAGCAGCAGCAACACCAUCUGCAGCAGCAACAGCAGCAGCACUGCAACAUGUUUCAGCACAUGGCGCCACAGGCGCAUAUGCAGCAUAUGCGAGCAGCGCCGUUGCCGCCUCCGCCCACAGUGGCGCUGCCCCCGCCGCCGCCGGCGACGUCAACGGCGUCGCAUCAACAACAGCCGCAGCCACAGCCACCACCACCGCCGCCUCCGCAGCAACAGCAACAGUUGCAGCAGCAUGCGCAAUAAUAUGAGAUUAACGCACUCGCCUUUAGUUCUUAAGCUCAACUAGCCACAUACGCAUUUCACAGUUCAAGUUCAUGUUUAUUUUGUU